AGGCAGAAAAUUUCUUCUAUAUGGAAGAUCUGAUACCAGGCCUUCCAGAAGAAAUCGGCUUGGAGUGCCUUAUUCGAGUCCCCCAUGGAACCCUCCCUCUUCUCCGACAAGUCUGCCGCAGGUGGAAACAAGCAACUGAAUCCCCCUUCUUUCAUCACCUCCGCCGCUCCGCAGGUUCCUUCCACCAUCUCAUCAUCUUCAUAGAGGCCCGUCGUGCAGCCAGACGCUCCCUCAGGUUCUUUUCCUCCCACCCCUACUGCCGUCUCGCUACCCUCAACCAGUCCACUGGUGAGUGGGCUCCCCUCCCACCAAUCCCUUUCUACGUACGCCACCCCUUUUUCUUUUGUAUCGUUGCCUCCGGCCUCCACCUCGUCGUCAUUGGCAGCUUGUAUCGAGACUCCUUAACUUGCAAUGAUAGCGUAUAUGUCUAUAGCUUCCUCUCCAACACUUGGCAUCUCGGUCAGCCCUUGCCUGGCCCCACCCGCUUCUUAUUCGCUUGCGCCGGCAGCCCAGACAACCAAGUUUUCAUCGCUGGGGGCCACGAUGAGCGAAAGAAUGCCCUGAAAUCGGCGAUGGUUUAUGAUAUUGCCAAAGACAACUGGACAAUGUUGCCGGAGAUGGCGAGGGAACGUGAGGACUGCACGGGAGUUUUUGCAGCUGGAUUGUUCCAGGUAAUUGGUGGUUCGAUGCAGAAGAGAUUAGAGUGGAGUAGAGAGGCAUUUGAUGUAGGAGAAUGGCGAUGGCGAGCAAUGGAGGAGGAUGCGGUGCCGGAGGAAGAGUUUUUGAGGACCUGCGUAAUGGGAGGACUUGGGCGAAUUUAUAAAUGUGGCGUAGGAGGUAAGAUGUUGCUGGUCAAGGAAGGAGAGGAUUGGAGGGAGGUGGCAGAGUUGCCAGAGGACGUCAGAGGUUCUCCAAUAAUGGUAUCUUGGGCUGAAAGAUUGAUGGUGGCGAGGGUGGAGUCUAGUGGCUGGCCUUCGGCUAUGUUUGUAUUGGAGAUGAAGAAAGGGGUGGCCAUUGGGUGGCGAAGGGUGGCGUUUCCAAAGAAAUAUCAUGGAUAUAUUUAUACUGCUUGCGUUGAUAUCUAA